ACCCCCGCCUGUCCCUGCUCCUGUCCCUGCUGCUGUCGUUCCCUUGUCCCUGGCUAUCCCGGCCCGAGCGGCUGCUUCGUUAUUUCCCUUUGAUUUAAUAAAGCAGUCGCGGGCCGCGUAAUCUUUGGGUUAUUCCUUCUUUUGUGCCUCGUAGAUUUUCUCUCAAAGCAGCUAAGGAAGGACCAUGGGAGUUCAAGGACUUUGGAAGCUGCUUGAGUGCACUGGGAGACCCAUAAACCCAGAAACGCUGGAAGGGAAAAUUCUUGCUGUUGAUAUCAGUAUUUGGUUGAACCAAGCAAUAAAGGGAGCCAGAGAUCGUGGUGGCAUUUCUGUACGGAAUGCUCACCUGCUCACUCUGUUUCAUCGACUCUGCAAGUUACUGUUUUUCCGGAUUCGACCCGUGUUUGUGUUUGAUGGAGAGGCGCCUCUUCUGAAGAGACAAACCUUGGCUAAGCGAAGACAAAGAAAGGAAAUUGCCAUCAAUGAUUCCAGGAAAACUACAGAGAAACUCUUGAAAACACUUCUGAAGAGACAUGCUAUCAAAACUGCUAUUGCAGGCAAAAGCAAUGAAGCUUUGCCCAGUAUUACACAAGUUCGAAGAGAAGGAAUUGAUGAUAUGUAUGUAUUGCCUGCUUUAGAGGAUGAAGAGAAGAAUAGCUCAGAGGAGGAGGAAGAAAAAGAAUGGCAAAUGAGAAUGAGCCAAAAACAGAUGUUGCAAGAACAGUUAUGUGAAAAUCCUUAUUCUAUAGAUAUUGAAUCAGAAGAUUUCCACAAGCUGCCUCCAGAAAUAAAACAUGAGAUCUUGACUGAUAUUAAAGAACUUACAAAGCGAAGAAGAACGUUAUUUGAAGCAAUGCCAGAGGACUCCAAUGACUUUUCCCAGUACCAGCUCAGGGGUUUGCUUAAAAAAAGCAACCUCAAUCGGUGCAUAGAAAAUGUACAAAAAGAAAUGAAUCAACAGCACUCGGGUGAAAUCCAAACACAAUAUGAAAAUGAAGGUGGUUUUGUGAAAGAAGUGGAAUCAAGGAGGGUGGUCUCUGAAGAGACUUCUCAUUAUAUUCUGAUAAAGGGUAUUCAGGCAAAAGGGGCUAUGAGUAGAGACUUCGAAACUACUGCAGGACCCUCAUCAAAAAUGCAUGAAUUGACUAAAUUAAAUAAAAUCAAUGAAUCUCCUGCUAAUGCAAAACAGGAAGAUGACAAUGUAGUGGCAGCACCCCCAUCUCCUCGGACUUUGCUUGCUAUCCAAGCAGCCAUGGUGGAAAGCAGCUCAGAAGAAGAACUGGACACAGGACAAUUGAACAGGGAAGAGGAAGGCAGCGUGUCUCCAAGAACACUGCGGGCAAUUCAGCAAGCUCUGAGUGAAGACGAUAAAGGGGAGGAAGUUGUAACUGCUACAACUGGUGGAGUGCUAUCAGUAAGACCAGAAGGGAAGGAUUUUCUGCUUAGUAGCUCAGAUGAGGAAGAGCAGAUUCCUGUAGUUAAGGAGGGAAAAAACAUUCCUACAGCUACAAUUCAGUCAUCAAUCCAAGUGACUAUGCAAAAUGCUAAAUCUAAACAGAAGAGUGAGGAGUUGGAAAAAAGUGAUAUUAUACCCAAAGACACAGGUGUAUUCAGAGGUGAAAAUUAUUCUGCUAUUGGAAAUACUAGAAAAGGCAGAGAAGAUAUAGACAAAGAAGAAAAUGAUUCAGGAAAUCAUAUUGUACCCAAGGACACCAGUAUAUCCAUAGCUGAAACUUCUAUUGACAAUACUAUAAAAGACACAGAAGAAGUAGACAAGGAAAAAAGUGGUUCCAAAAAUCAUAUUUCACCAAAUGAUACCAGUAUAUCCAUAGCUGAAAAUUAUUCUUAUGUUAACAAUACUAGAAAGGAUAAAGAAGACUUUGACAAAGAAAAAAAUGGUUCCAAAAUGGACUUAAAAUCUCUGGGAGAUAAGAAUAUGAAUUUGUGUUUGCAGAAUCCAAGCUGUUCCAUUGUGCAAACUAGUACAGAUGCUUUGAUUCACAUUGAAACAACAGACCUUUUUAAAAAUAAGGAAAACUUGAAAAUUUCUGAAAACACACAGGAAGUAAUUUCACAAACCGAGGAGAAUGUGUCUGAGGAUACUAGAUUUUUUCCAGAAGCAAGAGAUCCCAAGGCAGAAAGAGAAGGGAUCUCACAGUCCGAAGACAGUGAUUCUGAUGGAAGCUUUAUUGAAGUGGAUGCUGAGGUCAGUAACGAGGCUGAGUCUCCCACUAAAUAUGAUGAAAAAGAGGGUGAUGAGCCGACACUUGCAGAAGUGGAGACUGACAGACCUGAUGUUUGCACACUGGACUUGCUGAAGGAGUCUGAUGAGGUGCAGCUGGGAAACACUCAGAAUGUUGAAGCAGAAGCUGAUAGUAAAGGUGCAGUGGAUGAGUGGCAAGACAUCAGUUUGGAAGAACUAGAAGAAUUAGAAAAGGACCUUUCUGCUGAGCAGAAUACACUUCAGUCUCAAAAACAGCAGCAGGAACGUGUUGCUGCUUCUGUAACAGGACAGAUGUUCUUGGAAAGCCAGGAGCUCCUCCGGCUGUUUGGCAUUCCAUAUAUCGAAGCUCCGAUGGAGGCCGAGGCACAGUGUGCAAUAUUGGACCUUACUGAUCAGACCUCUGGGACAAUCACUGAUGACAGUGAUGUUUGGUUGUUUGGUGCACGACAUGUUUAUAAAAAUUUCUUCAGUCAGAACAAAUACGUAGAAUAUUAUCAGUAUGUUGACUUUCAGAACGAGCUAGGGUUGGACAGAAGUAAGCUAAUUAAUUUGGCAUACUUGCUUGGAAGUGACUACACUGAGGGCAUCCCAAAUGUUGGCUUUGUAACAGCGAUGGAGAUUUUAAAUGAAUUUCCUGGGCAUGGCUUGGAACCUCUCAUAAAAUUCGCUGAGUGGUGGAAUGAAGCUCAGAAGAAUAAGAAAGUGAUGCCUAAUCCACAUGACACCAAAGUCAAGAAGAAACUGCGGGAUCUGCAGCUUUAUUCAGGUUUCCCAAAUCCAGCAGUGGCAGAAGCAUACCUGAAGCCUGUGGUGGAUGAGUCAAGGGGUUCAUUCAUCUGGGGAAAGCCUGAUGUUGAGCAGAUCAGAGAAUUCUGCAAGGAUCACUUUGGCUGGACUAGGACAAAGAUAGAUGGGAUCCUUUUGCCUGUGAUGAAACAACUGAACUUGCAGCAGACUCAGCUUCGAAUCGAUUCAUUCUUCAGACUAGAACAGCAUGAAAAACAAGCCAUUAAAAGCCAGAGACUGCGCAGAGCCGUGACUUGUCUGAAGAGAAAGGAAAAGGAAGCAGAUGAUGAAAUUCAGGAGGCUGCUGCUGUCACGGAGACGGAGCUUAAACAGCCUGGGAAAAGGAAAGGGCAAGGUACCACAGGUGGUGCAAAUCAAGCUGCAGCAACAAAAGUACAGAGUGGAAAGAGAAGAAAACAUUCAGAUUCCAGAAAAGAAUUUUUAUAUGGAGGUGGUUUUAUUGGAAAUUUGCAUCUUUCAGAAACUUCUAGUGACUCCUCAGUGGACGAAUCCAAAGGCAGAGAUUUAGGCAAGAGCAAAAGGAGGAAAAACACAUCUGCAACAGAGACAGCAGACCAUAAAGAGAAAAAAGGGUGCAGUAGUUCAAGUGGUGAGGAUGAAGACCUGGGAAACGUAGUCAUGGUGACUGCCAAACCUGUGUUUGAAGGCAGAAAAAAGAAAUCACGGAGUAAGAGAGCAAUAAGAAAGAAAAUGUCUUAAAAUAAUUAUUUAAAAAGACUGAUCUUCCUGACUUGAGCUUUGUAAAUAUUCUAAUGAAUUCCUUAUAAAAUGUAAUAAAUUAUCCUUAUUUGUA